UCAACAGGUUUAAUCGUCCAUUGUGGUGGAAUGGUCUGCGGCGAGGAAGUAGGAAUGAAUUAAUGUGAAAAUGAGCGUUUUCGUUAUUUAUUGUUUAAUCUUCGUGCUCUCUCUUUUUUCUUCGUGUCUAUCGGAUGAUAUUUUAGGCUGUGGAGGAUUUGUCAAGUCCGACGUUCCUAUAAGAUACUCCAGAGUGGAAAUUAAACUUUACACUAAACAAGGAAGCUUAAAAUAUCAAACAGACUGUGCACCAAAUAAUGGAUAUUACCUCAUACCUCUUUAUGACAAAGGAGAUUACGUUCUAAAAGUGGAACCUCCCGCGGGAUGGAGUUUUGAACCGAGUGGCGUGUCUCUGCGUGUUGAUGGUAGCAGCGAUCCCUGUAGCCUCGGCCAAGAUAUAAAUUUUGUAUUUCAAGGUUUUUCAUUAUCUGGAAAGGUUGUGAGCAAAGGAACAGCAGAUGGUCCUUCUGGAAUACAUUUAGCACUACGGAAACCUAAAGGAGAGAUGUUACAAGAAACUCUAACCGAAGUGAAUGGGAAAUACACAUUUUUGAAUGUCAUGCCUGGAAAUUAUUUAAUUGAAGCUAAUCACCCCACUUGGAGCCUGGAGAAAUCCCAGAUAUCUGUGACUGUGACAGACGAUAGUGUGGUCAUAGAUAAAAACAUAGAAGUGGCCGGCUACGACGUGACCGGACAGGUCAUCAGCGAGGGUGAACCCAUCAAGGGGGUGCACUUCCUACUCUUUACGUCUGUCAACCAACCUUUGACACAGGAGAUAAAAGGCUGUAAGAAAGAGCCAAUCAAAAGCUUUGCCCGGAGACUGCAUCUAAAAUUCCUCUGCUACGUGUCUUCAGAUGACGACGGAAGAUUUACUUUUCCGUCUCUGCCAUCUGGAAACUACAAACUAAUUCCUUUCUACAAAGGAGAAUACAUAGAAUUUGACGUCCAUCCUUCAGAAAUAGACUUUUCGGUCGAACAGGGAAGUGUAAUUUUUGAUGAGAAUUUUCAAGUACAAGGAUUCAGUGUGAGUGGAAAGAUUGUGGUGACUCCAAGUGGGAAAGGGAUAAGUGGAGCCAAAAUUUAUUUAGAUGGAAAAGAGCAGGCAACAAGUCAGGAAAAUGGAAUUUAUCACCUAGAAAAUAUGAAAACGGGAAUGUAUAAACUGGAAGUGAAAGUUCCUUACGUUAACUUUGACCCGAUUGUCGUGAAAAUAACUCCAAACACACCCCAGUUACCCGAAGUGGUGGCUACAGAAUUCAGUCUGUGUGGGGAAAUUAUGAUUUCUCAGCUACCCAGAAAAAUCGAUACGGAAGUACCUCGGCGAGUUAGCAUUUCUUGGGAUAAAGAGGAGAUUAGUAUUUUGGCCGAGGAAGAUGGGAAAUUCUGUGCAUUUGUCAAACCGGGAACUUAUGUUAUAAAACCCGUUGUUUCUUCGCAGGAAGAAGAAUAUGGACUUAAAUUUUCUCCCCCGGAAAGAAGGGUGACCGUUCUCCAAGAACCUGUCCUGUCGAUUAGAUUUGUGCAAUAUUUAGGUGCAAUAAAAGGAACUGUUAAAUGUUUGCAAAAGUGCAGUAACAUUCAGGUUUUAGUGACCUUCAUAGAUGGAUUGUAUCAUAAAUAUAUACCUGUGAUUAAUAACAAAUUUGUGAUAAAUGAUCUUUUUCCGGGUAAAUACGAAAUUUCGGCUUUAAAGGAAGAGUGGUGUUGGAAACGAUCAAAGGUAGAAGUUACAAUAGUGUCCGAAGACGUUUCGAAUGUCAUUUUGGAACAAAUUGGUUAUCACGUGACAAUUAGUCCGUCCCAUGGUACACGCAUUAGAGUUGUUUAUCCUUCGAAAUCUGUUCACGAAAUGAAUGUCGAAAAAGGUAUAAGUGUUCAUUGUUUUCCGGAAGUUGGUGUGUACGAAUUAACUCCUGUUGGAUGUCAUGUCUUCCAAGAUAAAACGAUUUCUUAUGAUACCGAAAAUCCUUCUGUAUUGCAACUGAUUGCCACUAAGCAUGUUUUGACUGGUAUUGUAUUAUCUGAAGAAAAUGUCUCUGAUAUCAUUUUGACAGUCAACAAACACAGCAAUGGAGAUAAAGAAGCGGAAGUUUUAGCACUAGGACUGCCACAGGAGAAAAAUGGAAAAGUGUUUACUUAUAAAUUUGCAGUUUGGGUUCAACCAUAUACCAACUUAGAUGUGGAACCAUCGUCUGGAAAGUUAUUGUUUCGUCCACCAAUGGCACAGAUUCACGUUCUAGAUGACUGUAUGGAAGAAGCUGUCAGCUUCAAAGGCAUCAGUGGACUUUUCAUUAAUGGUGAUAUAGUUCCUCCUUUGGAAGAUGUAAAGAUAGAAGUUAAAGACAGUUCGGAUAAAGUUGUUGCAAAUGUUCGAUCUGACAAAUUGGGCAAAUUUUCCGUCGGUCCCCUCGACAGUGAACUUUCUUAUGAAGUUUCUGCAGAAAAAGAGGGAUAUAUAUUAAAAAGAUUAGAUAAACUUGGACAUUUUAAGGCAUUCAAACUUGCCGAAGUAAAUGUUUUUGUAGAAAACGAAAAUAAAGAACCUUUGUCAGGUGUUUUGCUUUCUCUCAGCGGUGGUGUAGACUACAGAAAAAAUAGUGUCACUCAACAAAAUGGCCAGCUAUCAUUUUUAGAACUCAGUCCAGGACAAUACUUUUUGCGGCCAAUGCUGAAAGAAUAUCAAUUUGUUCCGUCUGCCAAAAUGAUUGAAGUGACAGAAGGAGCUACGAUAAAGAUAAAAGUCAGUGGAAAACGUGUGGCUUUUAGUUGCUAUGGAAUAGUGAAUUCACUGACUGGAGAAGCGGAACCGGGUGUCGUCGUCGAAGCGGUGGGGGCAGAAAACAGCAGUUGCAGCCUGUACCAGGAAGAGGCAGUUAGCGAACAGGAUGGUUCUUUCAGAAUACGUGGCCUGCAACCCAAGUGUGAGUAUACCGUCCGCCUGAAAAUGGUUCCCGAAGUAAAUCAGCACAUCGAACGAGCCACGCCCAAAACUCAAGUCAUAAAGAUUGAGUCUUCCGACGUCACCGGAAUCCGCCUGAUUGUCUUUCGCCACUUUAAUCAGAUGGACGUUAGUGGAAAUGUUGUGACCAAUCAAGAAUAUUUACACACUUUAAAGGUUCGUUUGUUUGGAGGAGAUGCUCUAGACCAGGCAGUACACACCAUCACGUUGGGACAGAACAGCUUCUUUCAGCUUCCUCCCCUGCCGUUGGACAAUAGGACGUACAUGCUGAGACUGGACACUUCACUGCCCGGUGCCUCGGCACAGCCCGACUCCACCUCGGUCGUCUUUCCGGCCAACCAAUCCUACCGUCACUUCACCCUCCACUUCAGACCUCUACCCCAGGCUGCAGAGCAGGAAAUGACACAGGGUUCCCUGCUGGCCCUUCCCCUGACUCUCGUGGUCAUCUCGCUUCUUUACAAUUACAACAAAAUCUUGCCAGUGGUGGGACAGAUAUUUCAGACGUUAAUAAAUCCCGCCAGGACAGUGGCCUCUGGCGAGGGAACCGCUGCAGAACCGGCAGGCGGAAGGCGCAAGACGAAACCCCGCAAGGCCCAGUGAACUGCCAUUCGGAUGGACAUUUUAGAGACUUGUCUCGAUAAAACCGUAAGUUAUGUCGUGCGUCGUAGUAUUUUUGUACAGUUUGAAAGUGAAUAAAUACUACCAUUUGUUGGAA